CGGAGCUGGCAGCAGCAGCAGCAGCAUCAGCGGCAGCAGGCGGACAGAGAUGGCUGCGCCCACGGAGCGGAGCCGCGGCGGAGGCGGAGGAGGUGGCGGCGGGUUCGCUGGGUGCCUGCGGACGGGGAAGUGUUGGUGGCGGCUCUCGGUGCUCCUCUUGUCGCUGUCCUCGCUGCCGGCGGUGACGGCGCUGGUGGAGGGUCUGUACUGCGGCACGGAGGUGUGCUACGAUGUGCUCGGCGUCACCCGGGAGGCCACCAAAGCGGAGAUAGCCCGGGCUUACCGACAGCUGGCCCGCCGGUACCACCCGGAUCGGUUCCGGCCGGGAGAGCCCGGCUCGGAGGGAGAGACCCAGGAGACUGCACACAAGAAGUUCCUGCUCAUCGCGACCGCCUACGAGACGCUGAAGGAUGAGGACACGCGACGCGACUAUGACUACAUGCUGGACCAUCCUGAGGAGUACUACCAGCACUACUACGCCUACUACCGCCGACAGCUCACCCCCAAAGUGGAUGUCAGGGUUGUCAUCCUGGUCACGAUCUGUGCCAUCUCCAUCUUCCAGUAUUACAGCUGGCACAGCAGCUACAACGAGGCCAUCAACUACCUGGUGACCGUCCCCAAAUACCGAAUCCAGGCCACGGAGAUCGCCAAGCAGCAGGGCCUCCUCAACCGCACCAAGGAGAAGGGCAAGAACCGGCGGUCCAAAGAGGAGAUCCGCGAGCAGGAGGAGGAGGUGAUCCGAGACAUCAUCAAGAACAAGAUCGACAUCAAAGGCGGCUACCAGAAGCCCAACCUGUCGGACAUCCUGCUGUGUAAGAUCGUGCUCUUCCCUUAUUAUCUGACCAACUACGUGGCCUGGUACGUCUCCUGGAUUUACCGCUUCACCAUCUGCAGGGAGGAGUACGGAGACCAGGAGAAGCUCUACAUCAUCAGGAGGUACAUGAAGAUGUCUCAGUCUCAGUUUGACAGUCUGGAGGAAAACACCAGGAAGACCUUCCUGGAGAAACAGCUCUGGAUCAAAGAAAACUACGAGGUGUACAGAAAAGAGCAGGAGGAGGAGAUGAAGGUGAAGAUGGCGACCGACCCGAGGAUGAAGAGGUACCGGCGCUGGAUGAAGAACGAGGGACCGGGCCGGCUGACCUUCGUCGACGAGUGACGGCGGCGAGAUCCGUCCACAACGUUCAUACCUGCCUCAGUGCCAAGACACACGGACGGCGCUCGCCGCGCUGUGUGGAGAAAUACCUGUACAGAAAGAUUAACUAUGCCUGUUUAUAUAGUGAGAGAUAUUUUCAUAGCGACCAGGCCUCCGAGAGAAGCUGCCUGAGUGGAAUGAACUGCCAGCCAAGGCUUCAGGUUUUUCUGUCUUUUUUUUAAAACUUUAUGCCUUUUUUUUUUUUUCUCUCGAUCCAAGUCCAUAUCACUCUAAAUGAAGUUCAAUGGUGAUUCUGUCAUUCUUCUUCAGCUGGUUUUUUCUUUUGUUUUCCUGCAGAUUGAUCAGUAAAUUUGGUGCCUAAGUUCUUGUGAGAUGAUUUUCUGUUUGAGGAGCAACCAGAACGCUACCAGUUUGAUUUCUGCAACAGCCCAAAGUGUCCUUGGGUAAAGCAGCGGCCAACCACGUGUCCUGUUGCUGACGAGAAGCAGCAAACUGAGGCUGCCGAGAAGCUGGUUAGCGUAGGAUAGACGGUGUAAACAGGUUCUUUCCUCCGGGACUUCCUUCUGAUCUGCGUUGUUGAAGUUUUUCUAUCAGAUGAAAAAAAAGAGAGACAAACGCAUUUCUGAUGUUUGCAUCAAUCCAGCAGUGUUACCGUGUGAAUGGAAGCCAAAGUUUCAGCUGCAAGUUUUCUGUAAAUUGCACAACAGCAGAUGCUUAUCGCCCUGGGACGCUGUCACCGUGGUUUCCGCUGCGUCUCUUCAAACGUUCAGGAGGCUGCUUACUGUUUACGGCUUUUUAAAACAACUCGGUUAAUGUUAUUUAUUGUUUCACAUUUCAUUUGUCUUUUUGGCGUUGAGGCGGCAUUAAAGUCAUACUGUAAUAAAACAGUCA